AUGGGAAACAAACUGGGCGUUACAGGCGCUGUACAGCACCUGCAGGACAAUCUGAUGUGCCGCAGACAGCCCACCUCCCACCUGUGUCUGAACCUGCAGGUGCGUGAAAACACCUGUCAGUGCUCAGCGCUGUCAGCUGUCGCCAUGCUGCAGCUGCAGGCACCUCAUCGAGUGGAAGUUGCCGUGACAACAAGGCCUCACAUCUACUACUGCCGCUCGCCCAACAUGGAGGACUUCACCUGCUGGUGGCAUCCGCUCGACAACCUGACGGAGGGAGAGGAGGUCACCUACGUCCUCAGCUACUCCAAAGAGUACGGGCCCACACACGAAUGUCCCGACUACGUGACUGCCGGUCCCAACAGCUGCCACUUCGACAGCAGCCACACGUCCAUUUGGAGGAUCUACUGUAUGAACGUGACCGCCGUCACCGCCGACAGGAACUACACCUCCCAGGAGCACUGCCUGGACGUGGCGGAGAUAGUUCAGACUGAAGCUCCGGUCAACCUGACCUACACGCUGACGGACCCCGGCGGGGACGAGCUGGGCCACAACGCGCUGCUGUCCUGGACGUACCCGGUGCCCUCCGACCUGCAGUACGGCUGGAUCACGCUGGUGUACGAGCUGCAGUACCGACGCGUCACCAAGCCCGACAGCUGGAAGGUGAAGCACCCGCUGCGGGAGCCUCACGUGGAGCUGCUCGGCCUUCCCUUCGGCGACUACGUGAUCAGAGUUCGCUGCCGGUCGCACAACUACGGCCUGUGGAGCAAGUGGAGCGCCACACUGUUGAUGAGCAUCACCAGACCGCCAGCAGGUAAACUCCUGGUGCUGAUCCUGGUGACGGGGGUCGGUGUCGUGGCUCUGCUCGUCAUCGCCUUUGGUGUCAUUCCACAGAGCAAGAGAAUUAAAGAGUACUUCCUGCCGCCCAUCCCCAAGCCGCGGAUCAUCGGCAUCGACUCGCUGCUCCUGAAGAAGGGGAACCUGGAUGAAAUCAACCGUCACUUCAGUAACUUCCACAGCUACAGACCUCCGAGCUACACCGAGGAAGUCUGGGACCAGGUCAGCGCCGACAACGUGUAUCGCUCUACGCCGAAGGACUGCGGCGUCCCGGCCGACCCCACGGACAGAGAGAAGGACGCGUUGAUGGUCCCAUGUGACCUGGCGCCUGUGGCCGCCCACCAUCAGCUUACAGCCACAAACCCGAUGUCGUACGUACAGAGCAUGUCGCCCUACCGCCCCUCGCCUCCCGAGGCCUUCGCCCCGUCGCUGGACGUGCCCACGCUGUGGCCGAGGCCCGAGAUCAUGUCGCUGCCGGGGACGGACUACAGCGUGAUGGGACAUCCUAACUCUGUCCCUGCUCCCGAUGCCACCGCCGUCACCACCAGUCGCUCGCCGCAGGAUUUCUACACCUGCGUCCAGCUCAUGAAUGAAAGCGGCGAGGUGCAUCUGGUGCCGUGCCUGCCGCCGCCGUACUGCCGGGAGUUCCCGCCGCCAGCGAGUGUGGAUUUCGACGCAGCUGAGAAAGAGGAGAAGAAGAAGAAACUGGCCGACUACCAAGCCAGGAAGAAUGUGAUGAAAGAGCCGAAAGAUGGCGACGAGGCUGAGAGGAGCGAAGCCGCCGUCCCUCUGCUUCCUGUUACCGUCGACAACAAGGGCUAA